AUGGCCCCCGCGAUCCUCGCCUCCGCGCGGGCGUGGGCCCAACCGCUCGCGCUCACGCGCCGCGUCUCUCCUGACGCGCCCCGCGCCGCCCCGCGCCGCCCCGCGCGCCGCCCCGCCCGUCGCCCCGUCGAGCCCAUCCUCGCCGUUCGUGGUGCACCAUCCGUACGCGUCGACGGCGUGCGCGGUGUCCGACGACGCGGGAGCCGCGUCGUGUCUCGCGCCGCCUCCGCGGGCGGGGUGUGGCGAUUGUGGCCCUUCGCGCACGCGUGGGCGGUCGACGACCCCACGAUCGAGGCGGACGCCGCGGGUGAUUCGCCCGGCGCCGAUCAGCAUCAACAACAACAACAACAACAACAACAACGCGGGGACGAGACCAACCCGUGGCGCACCGUCGCGCUCGUCCUCGGCGCGAUGCUCGUCGCCGCGCUCGUCCACCCGCCUCUCGCGUCCGCGUCGUCCACCCUCAUCGCCGCCGUCGCCGCCAACGUCGUCGCCCCCGUGGGAGUCUUGUACCCGGUCGCGACGUACGUCGCGGCGGGCGCUCAGGCGUGGGCGAACAACGCGGUGGGCGUCGUCGGCACGUUGGUGUCGUCGGCGGCGAGCGCCGGCGCGGGGUACGCGGCGGCGAGCGCGCGCGCGAGGGCGGAGAUGGAGGAGCUCAGGGCGGAGAUCGCGGUGAUACGGGAGGCGGCGGCGGCUGUCGGGAUCUCGGCGACGUCGGCUGUCGGGAACCCGGCUGUUGGAAUAUCGGCGUCGGAACCGCGCCCGGCGAUCGCGGAGGAGACGCGCGGCGCGGUCGUUCCGACGGAGGACCCCGUCGUCACGGCCGAACGCGCGAGCGCCGAGGCUGAGCUCGCGGAUCUGCGUCGACAGCUCGCGAGGCUUCGCGCCGUGUGGACCCCAAACGACGACGAAGGAGACGAAGGGGACGACGAACGGGGCGUCGGUGGGGGCGCCGCCUCCGCCGGGGACGCGGAGGGGGUCUCGAAACGCGACGGGGGCGAUGGGGGGACGCGGGCGUCGUCCGCCGCGGCGGCUGCGGGGUCGGUGGAUGCCCGAGCGGCGGGCGGUGACGUGGACUGGCGCGCGGCGGCGAAGUCUCGCGCGGUGUGGUCGCCCUCGGUCGACGACGACGACGACGACGACGACGACGCGGAGGUGGCGUCCUCCCCGGCAUCGGUCGCAUCCUCCUCCUCCUCCUUUUACUCGUCGACGGCGAUCGACGAGGAAGAGGCGGCGCGCAUCUCCGCGGAGAUCGUCGCGCUCAGGGCGGAGCUCGCGGGCGUUCGCGGCGUCGGGGGGAUUAACUCAAGGAUGACCGUUCCCGUCCCCGGGGCCCCCGGGUCCCCGGGGGAUUUGGGCGGCGUCGGGUCCGGAGCUCGGGAGGCGUCCGGUCCCGUCGACUGGGCGGCGCUGGCCAAGUCCCGCGCGCUGUGGUCCCCCUCGGACGACGACGACGGCGACGGCGACGACGAUGUGGACGCGGAGGCGGCGCGGGGGGAGUCGAGGGCGUCCGCCGUCGACGGAUUCGGAGAGACGGGGGAGCGCGCGAGGCUCCUCGAGGAGGAUGCCGCGUGGCGCAGGCGUCUCGGGAUGACGGAGAACGCGCAGGACGACCAGCCCUUGGGGCACUGA